GAUUCGCGGAUCCCGGUGCCGCGCACGUGCAUGUUCCUGUCCUUUCCUGCAGUAUCCACAUGGUACAUACACAAAUAUAACCUAGAAUCGAAUAAAGUUUUUUUACACUAUUCAAUGUGCAAGUGAAGAACUGUUAUAUCAAACAUCUUUUCAGUGAGACAUGGCUAACAAAAACGAAAAAAAAGUUAAAGUUUACAAAUCCAAGAAGAAACGUACACCAGAGAUCAAAAUAAUUCAAGACCUUCAAGCAAAAUAUGACAGUAUUGACGAAUCAAAGAUCCAGAAAUUCACAGAUUUGCCACUGUCAAUGCAAACACUAAAAGGACUGAAAGACAGCGAAUAUAUAGAUCUCACUGACAUUCAAAGACAAAGUAUAGGUCUUGCAUUGAAGGGGAAUGAUAUUUUAGGAGCUGCCAAGACAGGCAGUGGGAAAACAUUAGCAUUUCUUAUCCCUGUCAUGGAAAUUUUAUAUUGCAAACAAUGGACACGACUCGAUGGACUUGGAGCUUUAAUUAUUACCCCGACUAGAGAACUGGCUUAUCAAAUUUAUGAAACCUUGAGAAAAGUUGGAAGAUAUCAUGAUAUAUCUGCUGGAUUAAUUAUCGGAGGAAAGGAUUUACACUUUGAAAAGAAGAGAUUGGACCAGUGUAAUAUUAUAAUAUGUACUCCUGGCCGUUUGCUACAGCAUAUGGAUGAGAAUCCAUUGUUUGAUUGUGUAAAUAUGAAAAUACUAGUUUUAGAUGAGGCUGAUCGUUGCUUGGAUAUGGGAUUUGAAAAAACAAUGAAUUCAAUUAUUGAAAAUCUACCUCUAGAACGACAGACACUACUAUUCUCAGCAACUCAAACAAAGACAGUGAAAGAUUUAGCACGGCUGAGUUUAAAAGAUCCUCUAUACAUAUCUGUUCAUGAAAAUGCAGCUCACACCACACCAGAAGGCCUUCAACAAAGUUAUAUUGUAUGUGAAUUGGAAGAAAAACUAGCUAUGCUGUGGUCUUUUAUUCGAAAUCAUCUCAAACAAAAAAUUAUUGUAUUUUUUUCGAGUUGCAAACAGGUGAAAUACAUUUUCGAAGCAUUUUGUCGCAUGAGACCUGGAGUCAGUCUCUUGUCACUCUAUGGAACAUUGCAUCAAUUGAAAAGGAUGAGCAUUUAUGAAUCAUUUUGUAAAAAGCAGCAUGCAGUUUUAUUUGCUACUGAUAUUGCCGCAAGAGGAUUAGAUUUCCCGGCUGUCAAUUGGGUUGUACAAAUGGAUUGCCCAGAGGAUGUAAAUGCUUACAUACAUAGAGCAGGGCGAACUGCUAGGUUUCAAAGUGGCGGAGAAUCUUUAUUAGUUCUUUUGCCAAGUGAAGAAAAAAUUGUACAUCAACUUAAAGAAAGGAAAAUUCCUAUCAAUAUGAUCAAGAUAAAUCCAAAUAAAUUGCAAUCACCACAAAGAAAGUUGGAAGCGUUACUCGCACGAGAUGUCGCGUUGAAGGAAAGUGCACAACGAGCUUUUGUUGCUUAUGUUAAAUCAGUAUUCUUAAUGAAAGACAAAAGCAUAUUCAAUGUUCAUGCAUUGAAUACCGAUGCGUUCGCCAGAUCGCUUGGCUUGGCAAUUCCACCCAGAAUAAGAUUUUUGCAGCGCAUCCAAAAGAAUUCAAAACAGGAUCAAGCCAAUAAAAAAGAUACAAAAGAGGCAAAUAGUUUAAUACAAAAUUUCAGUAACAGCCAAUCAGAUUCUGAAGAAGAUGAAGAUGAAAGUGACGAAAAUGGUAUUAGUAAACGUGAACAUGUUGGCGAGGAUGAAAGUUCGGAAGAAGAAUGCGUGAACAAAAAUGAAAAGUUAAAUAGAAAAAAAGACCUAAAUAAUUUUGGCAACAAUGAUGUUGAUGACGACGACGACGACGAUGGCGAUAUUUUAACCAUCAAAAGGAAAAACAUCGAAAUCGAUGAUAUUCCCUCUGAUGACUUAGAUGAACUCGAUGACGGAUCAUUAAAAUCAAAAUCCAAAAAAGCUGUGACAAAAGCUGCUUUAGCCAAGAAAAUUUUAAAGAAAAAAAUUGUUCCAAAUAAGAAGAUUAAUUUUGAUGAAGAAGGCCAGGAAGUAGUUGAUCCCACUAAAUCGAAAAUAUCAGAUUUAGCUAAGCAAUACGAAAACGAAGAAGCAUCUGGUAUAAACAUAGAAGUCGCGAAACAGGUCCUUAAAGAGGAGGAUCGUUUUGACAAACAGCGGUUUAGAGAAAAAAUACGAGAAAAACACAGAGAAGAAAAAAGAAAAUUGAAGGCUCAAAAGAAGGCUGAGCGAGAAGAGAAAGAGAAUGAAGAAGACGAGAGCGGCGGAGAAAGUGGCGAAGAAAGCGGCGAUUCUUAUGAGCCAGAUUUGUCGUGGUUGCCAGAUCCGGACAAGAUCUAUGGAAAACGUGAAGGAUCUGAUGAACAAAAAGAAGAAGGAAUCAACGAAUCGUCCUUCAAAGCACAGUCUGACGAUAGCAAUACAGAUAGUAUGGAAAGUGAUGAAGAUCAAAUUCAUAGGCCACCAAAACGGAAACUAAUCACACAAGACGAACAUAAGAAGAAAAAGAGGAAGCAAAAAACAUCAACUUCUGAGGAUGAUAAUUUGCAUGCAGAUGAAGAACUUGCUUUGCAAUUAUUGCGAGGCUAAGAAUAGUUUUAUUUAAGUAAAAAAAUUCUUUAAUAAAUUUUGUUAUACAAUCUGUAAAAGACUUAAUUAUAUUCUUAAUAUAGUUGAAGAUAUGUUUUUUAAAAUAAAUUAUAGUUAUCAUA